AUGCAGAUUGAGAAGUUAAAAUCUACGUAUCGAGGGCAAAAGAGAAGACAUAUGAAGCUAUUAUAUUGGCGGUCCCACGGGAAGAAAUUGCGUAUAGACCGUCGCCGCGAUGAAAAGUCUGGAGAUGAAUCCGUGCAAUCGAGACGAGAAUCGUCACCUUUGCCUACCAAAGGAUCACUGCCACAAUCAUCAGCCAUAGAUCGAAACCCGAUUUUGACGAGACCCGAGCCAAGUAGAGUUUCCAUUGAGACUUCAGCUCUAUCUGGGGCUCUGGCAUCGGAUCUAGGCUCUCAAUUCACUAUACCGACAGCAGAAGCCAAGAUACCGUCUCCAAGACGCGCUGGAGCGUCAACUGUCCUCGAAAGCACAGCAAAAUUUCCCAGCCCUCCACAGUUCGAAGAUGGAGAAGUUCAGAAGCCCUGUCCUCUCUGCCAAAAAAGAACUUCCUCAAAGCUAACUAUACUGAUAACGUAUGGUGGAGAUUUGUUACCUUUUGUGUGCAUUUCGAGUUCAUGUUUGCAAUCUCCAACCUUUGCUAGCCGAUCUGACUGGAAAGCCCACACUGAGCGAGAGCAUGGCGUCUUUUGGCGACAAGGCCCAUCCACCCCGAUUGGCAAUGAUAAUCAGUCCCUCAACCCUAAUUUCCAAGAUUCAUUCGAUGUUGGCCGAUCCGCGGAUAUCUGUCCCCUCUGUUGCUUGCCACUUGACAAAUCUCGACCUAAGUUAAAGAGCAUUGCUGUACUCUCAGUAUCGUCCGGGUCACAGAACUUGGAUGAAGUGCUGGUAACUUCGCCACCGGGGUCCAAGAAAGACUUUGAGGGUACCAAAGAGGGCGCUAAAACAGUACGAUUCGACGUUCCAAAAUCUGGAUCUGAAGAGGAACCACCAAGAGAUCCAACGGCCCGAAGUGUGGCUGACUUAGAGACGAGGAUUGUUGCUCCUAUGAAGACCCCUGUGAUGGACUCUACGAUGAGUCUUAUGAUGGAUCACAUCGCCGACCAUCUACAAUUCCUAGCCUUGCUUACACUGCGAUUGUCAGUAGAAAAGCUCGCGGAUGGCGACUUGCAUGCCUUCUCUAGCUCGCAGUCAUUCAGCAGCGACGAAGACUCUGAAAAAAGGAGCACUCUGGACGACGAAAUGGGAACCGAUGAGGGUUAUGAAGUCCCGGAAAUAGAUGAGGAUGCAUCCUUCGACACAAUUGUCUUAGAAGAAAAAUCGCCGGACCUAGCAUCAUCAAAGAACGAAUAA